GCCAUGAUGGACAGCUGCUGCAAUCGCCGUACCUACGGCCAGGCAGGGCGGAGAUUGCACGAUGCAGCUGUGCAGGGAAGUGACAAGGGCAUUGACCGGGGCACGACUGCCGCGUUGUGACAGGGCGAAACGUGCGGUGGGCCAGCCACGUGCGCAUGGCGAUAGUAGAGACUGGCCCUCGCGACUUACUCCCAUGGGCUGGUCUCGCAGCAAGCACUGCAGCCAGAUUGUUGUUUUCCCCGCGAACAAGCACCCGCCGUUGGUUCCGCGCCACCUAGUAGCGCCGGCCUGCCUGAUCGGGGCUGGCGAGGGCUCAGGAACACCCCGCCGCAUGCCGCCAUGGGUUCUCGCUCGUAGCCAGGCACCUAUCCGCAUCUCCUCCCGCGGGCCUGGUUCCCCGAUAGGGUGUUGCAUCGAGGAUGCCCUGCAGCACUGCUUGGCAACCCAGCAUGCCUGCAACCUCAUGGCUUCUUAUCCAGCUGGCAUGCUCUGCCAUCCGCUCCUCCCAUUGGCCAAUGCCAACACAGAUAUGCCUCGGCCGGCGACUUGACUCGAACAUCGGACACAACAAGCUGGUUGCCAAGCCUGGUCCACCAUCUUGGCAUGCGUCCAGCUUCACUGAGC